AUGCCUAUCCCCGGAGAAAAAUUGUACGAGAGCCUGGACGCAACGUUCUCGCGGCUGCACUUUGACCAGGACUUUGACAGGACCAGGACAUCGCGGCCGUUCGACACUCCUGUUUCUCAGUGUUCCUGUGGGGGAUUUAUCCGGCUCAACAACCUAAAGGCUAUCCAGGCGGAGCUGCAGGCCAUGACACCACAUUUCCAGUUGAUAAGUGACGAGCAACAAGUGCCCUUCGCGUCACGCCUGCAAGCGAUCGAGAUGCCACGAACGUACAUGAGCGGUGACACCACCGUCAUCAGCCACCAGGGAAACAAGUCCAGGCUGACCGAGUAUGCCGAGAAGUCGCGGGGCAGCAAGGUAGAUAAUGUGUACGUGCUGGAAACUCAGCUGGCUGCGACGGCGGCCGCGCAUGACGUCACCGCAAUCUUGGGCCUGACGCAAGAACACGGCAAGAAAGGCCUCAUGCGGUACAGGUCGCUCGUUCCUUGCUGGGCAGGAUCACUGUGCGUGGGCACGGCCCUUGGCUACGCUCUGCCCGCUGGCCGCACUCUGGACGCCGCCGCACACCGAGGCAUCCUCGAAGUCCCUCACAGGCAGAUAUUAUGGUUCGGUUCCAUGCUGAGCCUGGGUGCUGUGUUCGGCUCUCUAGCUGGGGCGCUGAUGGCGCAGCUAAGCGGUCGACGCCGGAGCCUCUAUGUCGCAGGAAUAGGCAUGGUGGCAUCCUGGCUCGUCAUUGGCUGUUCGCGGAGCAUGUACUACUACUGCGGUGCACGAUUCUUCUGCGGCUUCUUGGCCGGAGUCGUCUCGAUCGUUGUGCCUGCGCAAGUGGCAGAGAUAGCACCGGUAAUGCACCGCGGAAUGCACGGCGCCGUGCACCAGCUGGCUGUCGCAUUGGGCAUACUGUACGUGUACUUCCUCGGCCGCUUUCUGGACUGGGAGUGGCUGGCUGUGCUCUGCGCGCCUCCUGCAGUUGCGUUGCUUCUUCUCACCAGAUCUUUCGCGCUCGAAUCUCCCCGCUGGAUUCUGCAGAUGGGCGACAGCUUGGGUGCUUUGAACACGCUUGCUGCUGCGCGAGCUUCCAAGUCGCAGGCCGAUAUCGAGUUCGACGCCAUCCAGGCGGUGUUGCCAAAGUACAGGACGCCCGUUGCGCACUACCUGCUCGCUCUCCUGCUGAUGGUGACGCAGCAGUUGAGCGGCAUCAACAGCGUCAUCAUCAGCACCGUCAGCCUGGGUCCUGAAUCAGACGUGAGCGCGCCAUCCACUGAUAGCGCCAUACUUCUUGCUCUGCUGCAGGCAUUGUUCGUCGUCGGCUUCUCGGCUGGCCUGGGGCCCGUUCCGUGGGUCCUCGCUGCGGAGCUCGUCCCAUUACGCGGCACGGGGCUCGAGUUUGGAAGCGUAUGCGCAGCCAACUGGGCUGGUUCUUUUGUGACGGCCAACUUUGUCGCUACUACUACCACUACCCGGAUGAUCGCCGUGUCCCUCUGGUUGUAUGGGUUCAUUGCCAUCACUGGAGGGCUCAUCAGCUUCGCCCUGCUACCGGACACGGACUGCAUGUCCAUCGAGGACAUUCUGCUUAUCGACCCGGACGAGAGGGCUCGCAGAAAGAAGAUACAAUCAACGGACAAAGGAAAGCUUCAUGCGCCGCCUGGUUCGGUACGGCACGCGCACAUGAAGGAGACCUCGACGGCCGCCGCCGCGCAGCCGCAGUCGUUCUUAACGAAAAGCAUGACGCCAGAUAGGCGCUCGUCAGAUGCCACUCAAACCCGAUCGCAGGACUCGGCAGUCAAGAAGCCGCGAUCAUCUCGUAGCCGCACGCCGACCGAAGUUUUGACAGCGGAGAAGCCGGGGUCAGAUGUCUCUCAGGUCCAAUCGAAGGCGCCGGACGAAGUUAACGCGGUCAGCGAGCGGCGGCCGCGGGACAUCGACUCUCGCAAGUCGCCUGUCGCAUCCCAAAAGUCGACAGGGUCCAAGAGCAGCGCUGGUUCGGGGCGCUCGGGUCACGGCACCAGGAAGAAGAAGGGUGCCGAGUGAGAUGAAGAAUGCAUCGCCACCUUGCAUGCAUCAAUCGCGACUGGAAAAGCGAAGCUACAGCU